AUGGCCACCGAUCACAAGAACAGUAUCCGACAACUGGUCUGGCCACGACUGCGAGAGGUCGCCUUUCCAGAUUCGCGGUUCCACUUUGACUUCUGCAGCUUCAUCGCAGAUUUCCAUGGAUCUGACGCUGCCAUUCAGCGACUAGCCUCCCUGCCGUGCUAUACCCACGCCGAAGUGGUGUUCAUAACCCCAGACAACUGUCUUGAGCGACUUCGGUACCGAGCUCUUCAGGAUGGCAAGAAAGUACUGGUAACCACCUAUGCCCUCAGAAGGGGGUUCUGGUUGCUGGAUCCAGUGGUCAUCACGACACCUGAGGCAAGAAAGCUUGCGAGCCUCCUAGACACCAUGGAAAAGCCAGGACUUGGGAGACAUUUAACACUUGCUGAAAUGCAACAGCUUGACCUUCGUGUGGAUUUGAUGGUGACGGGCACGGGGGCGAUCAAUCAAGUUGGCAUCCGAUUUGGAAAGGGACACGGCUUCUUCGAUCUCGAAUGGGCCAUGCUGAGUAGCAUCCACGUUGUCCAUUCUUCUGUCCCUUGCGUUGCCGUGGUUCACGACUGCCAAGUCCUGGAUGAAGAGUUAAUGCCGGAGGUCUUUGACACUGUCUGUGAUCAUAUCAUCACACCCACGCAAGCCAUAGAGGUCCAGGGCUCUGUACCCAAACCCAAUUCUGGAAUUUUGUGGGGAAAAUUGCAACCUGGCAUGCUUGAGGAUAUUCCUCCUUUGCAGGAGCUGCGACAACUGCAGGGGAGGUCUUGA